ACGCAUUUUAAUCUUUAAACGGCCGUAUUGAAAAAAAGUUAGGAUACCGCCAAUAUUUUUAUAAAAAAAGUAAUAAUUGGUAUCAUUGGAGUAGUUUUAAGUUAAUGACUCCGUACACAGAUAAAGAUGUUUAUUCUAGUGACAUGUCGAGUUUAAUUUGUUGAUAGCGUAUGUUAUUUCGUUUCUGGCUGUUACAUUGGCAGUUUAUAGAUACGGUUUAUAAAUUAAUAUAUAUAUAUAUCUUUAUUAAUAUAAUGAAAUUUAAUAAUACAAACACCCAGAUUGGAAAUUGUCAAGAAAUCUCUAGUGCAAACACGUUAAAAAACACAACGGUAAAGUGUUCGAAAAUAAGGAAAUAUAUAAGCAAUAAAUGCAAUGAAGUUGUGUCUUUGAAGGAUAAGAACGUGUAUUUGGAUGUUUUGAAUUUAGCCAGCGCUAAGAGAGGCAUUACUAAGUUUUGUAAUAAAUUAUUUAAGAACAGGACCAAAGGAUAUGAUAAGUUGUUAACAGACGAGGAGAGGAGGUUAACAAAUAAUGUAGAUUAUAUAAGUGUGGUGGAAAGUGUAUAGAAAAUUACAUGUUUGCGGGCGGUUGGAUGACUAUACCGCAAGGGCUAACAAACUGUCCGCCAGGUUUGGAGUACCUGUCCUUGAUUGAUCAGCUACUGGUGCAUCAGAAGGUGGAACUGCUUGAGGCUUUUGUGGGCUUCGAAACCAAUAAUAAAUAUACGAUAAAAAACUCUCUAGGCCAAAAAGUUUACUAUGCUGUUGAAGACAAUGAUUGCUGCACGAGGAAUUGUUGUGGUCCAACGCGUCCUUUCGAUAUGAAGAUCAUGGACAACUUCAAGAAUGAGGUGAUCCAUCUCCAUCGCCCGCUUGCGUGUGACUCGUGCUUGUGCCCGUGCUGGUUGCAGACCAUGGAGGUGACGUCACCGCCUGGAACUGUUAUCGGCUCCAUAGAACAGCAGUGGUCAAUCUGCAAGCCCUGUUAUGACAUCAAGAACGCAGCCGGGGACGUCGUGUUGAAGAUCAAGGGACCGGUCUGUACCUUCUCCAUCUGCGGCGACAUCGAGUUCAAUGUGUAUUCAAGAGACGGUGAGACGAAGGUGGGUAAAAUAACUAAGCAGUGGUCCGGUCUGGCGCGGGAGGUCUUCACUGACAGCGACUACUUCGGCAUCACCUUCCCUAUGGACCUGGACGUUAAGAUAAAGGCUGUGCUGCUCGGAGCCUGCUUCCUCAUAGAUUUUAUGUUCUUCGAGAAAUCUGGAAAUAAUGAAUCCGAUCGUCCGGGAAUGUUGUAAGUCACACAACACUAUCGUCUCCGUUGAUGUAACAGCCCUUGAGUAUACUAACAGUAGGAAUCUCGUAAGUGAAAUAUUUAUUAGCAUUUACGAUAUAGGAGUAUUUUGUAUCUUUCUACUUUGUCUAUGCGACUCGGUUGUGGUUUUCGACGUACACGCCGCUAUGCUUCUGUGGCCUAGAACUAUUGUUUGCAUUUAAUAUAAUAAAUAUUUAUAUAUUAAAAUGUUUUAUGACUAAGUCACUUUUUGAUAAAUAUUAUUAUGUUACUCAAACAAUUUAUCCUUAGUAAUAAAAUUACAUUUAAUACAGGAACACAAAAUAUCUUUAAGUUUAUAUAAAUAAUACUGUUUUUUCUUUAAUAAGCUCUUAUGCAGAUUGUUUAUAUAUCAGUUAUUUUGUUAAGAUAGCUUUUUUUUUAUGUUAUACAUUUUUGUAAUAUUUUUAUGUAGUUCAGUCUGUCAAAGAAUACAUUUUAGUAUAGUUACAGUCGACAAUUAUGUUUUUAAUUAUUAUUUUUUUAUUUAAAUAGUAAGUGUAUCGGGAUUUGAAUACUUUUUUUUUUACAGAGACUUCUCCAAAAAAAAAUAA